CGGGACGCGGGGUAGGCCUGGGCCAUGCUGCGCGCGCUGAGAGUCCUCGGCUGGGGGUCCCCGGGCGGACCACCUGUUCCGCUGCUGCUGCCGGUGCGCGGCCGGAAGACCCGCCACGACCCUCCGGCCAAGUCCAAGGUCGGGCGCGUGACGACCCCGCCCGCGGUGGAUCCUGUAGAAUUCUUCUUGCUGACGGAGCGUUACCGGCAGUACCGCCAGACGGUGCGCGCCCUCAGGCUGGAGUUUGUGUCCGAGGUGCGGAAGAAGGUGCACGAGGCCCGGGCUGGGGUCCUGGCGGAGCGCAAGGCGCUGCAAGAUGCUACCGAGCACCGCGACCUAAUGGCCUGGAACCAGGCGGAGAACCAGCGGCUGCUCGAGCUGCGGUUAGCGCGGCUGCGGCAGGAGGCGCGGGAGCAGGAGCAGCGGCAGGCAGAGGAGAAAGCCCGGCGGGCGCUAGAGGCGCAGGCCUGGGCGAAGCUCAAGGAGCAGGAAGUGCUGCAGCUGCAGGAGGAAGCAAAAAAUUUCAUCACUCCAGAGAACCUGGAGGCACGGGUGGAAGAAGCUUUGGACUCACCGAAGAGCUACAACUGGGCCAUCACCAGAGAGGGGCUGGUGGUCAGGCCACAGCACAAGGGCUCUUAAGAGCCCAGUAAGAACAGUGCCCACUGUUCUUGUGUGUAUGGGCUUAGGAGGGUCGGAACUGAUCUGUGUGUAUGGGCGUAGGAGGGUCGGAACUGAUCUGCAAUAAACCUGUCGAUGGUUCUUAGGAAAAAGGAGG